CAACAAAGGGGCAGGGUGCACUACGCCUGGUUAGCCGGUAGUCAUGUUACAAUCCAUGCUAAUCAAAUGAUUUUAUGACGUUGACAAACAUGCAGGGGUUUGAGUAAGUUAACGAAAUGGUUCUAAACUGAAUGAAACAUUUGGUCACGUGGUAUGGUGACCUUUGACCCCCACAACAUAAACACUGAUGUCAGCUGUGGCGAAGUGGAACGCUGUGUUGUGGAUGGACGACCUCUUCUCAAACUGGAUAUGUUAUGUAUAAGGAGAGAAAACACUUGCUUGUGUUCCUAAAUAUCAGCUUGAGUUUUAGUUCCCGCGGCCGUUCCCGCUGACGAAGGAUAUAGCGGAAUACUCGCUUCGCCUCUCAUAGUGUUGUUGUAUCCAGGAAUGUUCUCACACAAAGAGACUAAAUGAUCGUCGUUACAAUUAAGCGGAAGUCCACGAUGAACGAGGAGGAUGGCUACCGGAAGUGGGUCGUCGUCAUGGCCGCCUUCUUUACACAGUUCAUAGUGUGCGGUAUCACGUACAGUCUCGGCGUCUUCCACGUCAUCUUCAGGGACAUCUUCCAGAAGAACCACUUCGACACGUCAUGGGUUGGGUCGGUGCUGCUAUACGUCACCGCUCUCUCCAGUGUUAUGCUACGGUUUGUAGCGAGUAUGUGGGGGUGCCGUGUCAGCGUCAUGGCCGGGGGGCUUCUGGCGGCUACAGGGCUGUCGUUAGGACUCUUCGUCAAUGAACUGUAUCAAGUGUAUCUCACUUUCGGACUGCUCACAGGUAUUGGCUUCGGACUGGCGUGCUCUCCAUCUAUAGUUGCUGUAGAGCGUUACUUCAUCCAUGGGCGAUUCCAGGCGUUGAGCGUCGUGGUCGGUGGGGUGGGGGCAGGCAUCAUCACCUUCCCCAUCAUCAUCAGACACAUGCUGGACAUGUUUGCGUGGAGGGGAACUCUCCUCCUCCUGGGCGGGGUGUCGCUCAACCUGUGCGUGUGUGGUGCCCUGCUCAAGCCUCUACCUGGGAAGAAGGAGGUGCGCCUCCUGCCCCUCCUGUCGUGCCUCCCCCUCCGACACCCUCUGUUUCAUGGCAUGUGCAUCGCCAACCUCUUCUGGAGCUUCGGCUCCACCAUCAUCUACAUGUAUUUGCCAUCCUAUGCAAUAUCGCAAGGAACGGAUUUCGAGAGCUCCACGUUCCUCGUGGCUUGUGUCGGCAUGGCUAGCUUCACCAGCAGGAUGAUAUUCGCAUUUAUGGGCCACAACAGCACGCUUGAUGACGUGACGUCGGUGUUGUGCCCCGUAGGACUAGGCGUGGUUGUCACCGGCAUCUGCCCACUAUUGUUCAAAGACUUCACGGGUCAGAUCGGGUACACGUUACUAUUCGGCUUCUACAGCGGAUAUUGGACAACAUUCCUCUCUCAAGCAUCCCGGGAGCUUCUCGGCCCGGAAUAUAUUGCCAUGGGCAACGGGUACCUGUGUUUCAUGAUAGCCUUGGGCUGCCUUACCGGAGGACCAGCGGCAGGUUUGCUGAUUCAGCUAGAAAUGGAAUACAAGUACGCCUUCUACCUAGCAGGGGCGUGUCUGCUGUGGAGCUCUGUCAUCAUGGUGCUGUUCAAGAUCAAGCGUUGUGUGGUGGCCAACAAGCCCCUCACUGACCACAAGGUGCCCCUCAUGGAGGGCGAGGAGGACUACAAGGACACAGAGAAGACUCCGCCGGCGGCAGAUGACAUCGUUGUACAUGCUGUGGUAACCUCGGUAUGAGUUAACAUCAACAACAUUACCAAAUAGACUGUUCCGUUUGGAAAAAGGCUCCGAGUUAGAGACCGAAUGGAAGGUGCCAAGUUUCUUUUGGUGAUUGUGCCACGUGUGGAGACUCCUGGCUGUGCUGGCUGCAGCGGACUCUGUGUGGAGCUGCCGUCGACACUGCAUGUAUAUGUGGCACAAUCCAGAUUAUUUCUCAAGCCGUUUCAAUGGCGACAUUUUACAUCUUUGUUCCUAGCCUACUCCACGCUGGAUGGAGAAUACACGUUUUUUCUUUACGCCGUGUUGAAUACAUGACGUAAAUCACUAUGCAAGCCGGUCUCUGGCCCCCUUGGCAGAUGGGAUUCGGCCAAUGUAGAUAUGUGUGAGUGGAUUUGGAACGAGGUUCAGUAGGUGCCAUUUGUGUGGGUGUGACUGUCCAUCUGCCUAGUUCAUUGUCAGCUACGUGUCAAGAAAUACAACUGGACCAAUUAUUAUUAUUAUUUUGUUUAACAUAUUUACUUAAUCUCUAAAUGGGGCCGAGAUGAAACGUGAUUGUUGUUGUCUCUUUUUUAAAAUGACAAGGGCAGUCCUGGGCCAACCACCAUUGAUAUUACUUUGAAUGCUUUCAGUAAAACUAUGUAUGUUAUGUUGCCUUCAAUGAAGCAAGCACUGGUUUGAAAUACAUACACAUUGAGACACGAUUUCCUAAUAUUCUGUUCAAUUCGGCAAAGUUAAAACAAGAAACACGUUGGUCUGGCGUUUAUGAGGUAUGUUGGAAAGUGUGAAACUACAACCGGAGAUUAUUAACGAUUUACCAAUGGCAUUGUUCCUACAGUAUUCUGGUUCAUAUGGAUAUUUCUGUUGGAAUCCAUUGUUGAUUAUGACUUAUGAGGACACAUGUCUGUUGCUGUCUAUAGUUGAUUAAGACUUGUGUGAACAAAUGUCUGUAGCAGUCUGUUGUUGAUUUGUGUGGACAAAGUCAACACCGUUACCAGUCUGAUGUUUUACACGACAGCAUCUGCGUCGAGAAGACCCCUUGUCAUUCCUGAAUACCUGCCCUGCAUCUGUUCAGUCUUGGUCAACCACUAUAUGCCUUUGUUAUUUUUAGAUAUACUGUCUGCUCCACAACUAAUCUAUAACAAUGAUGAACUUUCAUAAACCCUUGUCAAUAUUCCCCCAAGUUUGGGUGAACGCUGAUGGAUCUAAUGUAUACAUUCAUUUAAGAACGGGACUCUUAUUGUCAAUUUGGUUAUCAAAGGGAGGUAAUCAGUCCGUUUUUGUCAGGUACGUACGAUCAGACAUCAGACACUAUGCACAAACAAUGCAGGAUAGCUGCGAGUUAUCCACUUAUUUAUUAUGAUACGUCAAUAGUUCAUGUAAAUACAAUAUACGAUAUUAUAGACAAGCAGUUUUGUUUAUACUUUAGAUAGUGGCAUAUUUUUCAUCUACUGUCUCGUCAAGUGUUGCAUUCUCAAAGACAUUUUUCAAGAAAUAGUGGAACUUACAUCGACCGCGGCCUUAACUAGAGCAUACGUUCAUGUAUAAAGAGGGCGUACUUUUCAGUCACAAAAUGCGAUAUUGCAGCAACAGAAAGAUAAUAAUAGUGAGUUUACGUAUGUCAACAAUGUUACUUAGGAUGACAUGUUUGAAGUGUGCCCUGUUGAUAAGUACCCGGAUGUAGUAAGUGUUUGAACAUGUAAAAGUAAAAUGUGUUGCCAGCAGUGCACCAAUGGUACAACGGCGCCAUAGGUUCCAAUAAUGUCUCCCCACCGCCAUAGUGUAAUCCUCGGGACAGACUCGGAUCCUUCCAAGCUGCUGUUUAUAACGAGGCAGUCUGUGAGUGACAAUCAAAGAAGUCUAUCUUCAACAAACAGGUCGCAUGGACAUAGUUGUAAAGUGGGUCUUGAGGUACAUCCCUUGCUGUUGCUUUCCACGCUCCCAACACCCACUGAAUCUACUAACUGCGUACGGUCUCAAAGAACCGUAUGUCCCAGUUUCAAAGUAGGGCCAGAUAGUGCGGGACUGGUCAAGCAUCAAGAGUAUCCCGUCAGCACAAUUCCUCAGGUCGCCGAUAUACAUCUUGACUAGUUACAGGUCGCCGAUAUACAUCUUGACUAGUUACAGGUCGCCACUAUACAUCUUGACUAGUUACAGGUCGCCGAUAUACGGCUUGACCAUGUACAGGUUGCCGAGAUGUUGAUUGUCCAUUUUCAGCCCGCCUAGGUAUAGCUCGACUUACUACACGUUACUGAGGUACAGACUGACUGUGUACAGCUUGUCGACAUAGUUUCACAUAUAAGAGGUUGCUGACAGGGAGCUCGACCACGAGGGGUCGAUGAAAAAUAUAGCAUGGCAGUGUGCGGUUGGCAAGAAAUAGCUCGACUACGUACAUUCUGCUAACAUAUUGCAUGGUUAUGUUCAGGUUGCCGAGGUACAGGUUGACUGUACACAUAUUGCCAGGAUAUAGCUCCGCCAUAUAUGGAUCGCCGACGUAUUGGUUAAUACUGUCUGCAGACACUGGAAGCAGAUUCCGACAUAGAGUACAGCUGGCUGUGCACACCGUAUGCUCACCAUCUCCUGUCCCCAUCGUUCACAGUAUACCAAAUGUUGUCUAUAUAUUAAUAAGACUCAAGUGUGAAGUACUUAUACCAUGUAGUAUUUUGUUGUGUUAUCAGUCCAUACAAUUCCUGCGUCUGGUCCAGCCGGCUGUAGUUAGUCAUGUUCUGAUGUUCUGAUGGUGGAAGAUCUGAACACAGUCGAUGGAGGCCUUUGAGGUCACGAGUUCAGUAGGGUAGAUGAGGUAAGCCCAGAAACUGUUGCUGUGUAGAUACUACAAUGGAACUGGACGCGAGGAAUUUACAAUGGAAACAAUUUAUACUUGGGUAAUGUAACGGAUCGGUUUGGUAUGUACGUCACUCUUAAAGAAUGGUGUCUUCCUUCUUGCACGAAUUCUCAUUGUCACGCACGAGACACGUCGCGCGGGUAACGAUGUCCAUGUAGAUGUAGGUCUUGUGACCCGGGCCACUCCGAGGUGACGGCCGCUGCUGGUAUGCUGUAGUUAGGUGACUGAGAUUCCGCUGUACAUAGAGUGGUGGUGACGUGUAUGAGUGUCAAGGGAUAUACGUGACUGUAUAUAGUUUCUUCAUGUUUGAGAUUAUCUGUCAUUUGGGACAUUAAUAAAACAAGUUGGUAUUUGUCAA